AUGGCCAAAGACACUAUCACCAAUACCUCAACUCUUCCAUCCCUCGACUCCAAACUUGGCACUCAGAAGUUCAAGCUGACUGGUCCCUUCGAUCGCAUCGAUGUGAACACCCUGGCUGAGCCUGACUGCAAAAGUGCUCCUCAAAGCAAACUCUUACAGAAAAGGAUGAAAUUUUGCUUCUUGAAAGUUAAAAGUGAGGAAAAAGAGUUUAUCAAUCCCUUCCAAGCCAUCAAGGAUAUGAAAAACCUAAGCUGCCAAAAUAGUCCAACUUCAGCAAAAAUUAGAAGUCCUUGAACAACUGAAGGAAGUCUGAGCUACAUCUUUGUGCAACCCAAGAGUUCUCACAAGAGUGUUAAGGAGAGUCUACUCAAUGAAUUUCUAAACCAGCAAGGAGUCUUUCAGAUCAACCUGCCUGUUGCUUUGAAUGAUUACAGUUUCAAAUAUUAAUAAACAUCUCCGAUAAACCACCACUACUCAGAUCCCUUCAUAAGCUAUAUUAUACUUAAAAAUUAAUUUCAACAUACUCUAUUUUCAUCCAUCCAAUGAGUCUUACAAAGACUUAUGCUUUGGCAGGUGAACUUUUACCCCUUCAUACCUGCACCCAUGUUCCUUAGUCCCACCUAAUACUCCAAAAUCAGUCACCAACCGCCAAACCAUCAUCACCUACUCUCAUCAUAACCCCCUUCUCCUUUCCCUCUCUCUCCCAACCCCUUCCUUCAUCCAUCCCCCCUCCGCCCAAUUCCUGUCUUCUCCGCAUCCUUCAGCCCUCUUCAGAAAUAUUCAAAAAGUUAAUUGCAAGCAUGGCCAGGCUGGAUAUUUCUAAGUUAGAGUUUUUAUGGGAUUUAGGGACUUUUGGAAGGGAAGGAGGGGCUUUUGGGGGAAAUGAGGGAAGUUUAGGGGGGUUUUGGGGUAAAAAAGAGGGAGUGGAAAGUGGAGGUUUGGCUAUUACUAAACCCUCAAAAAUUUCCAUUACCUCUAAUUUUUGAAAUUCUGCUGAAACUUUCAAAAUUUCAAAUAUCGUACUUGCCUCUGUAUCCCUCUAAGAGAUCUUUCAGGGCUUCUUUGGAGGCUUAAGAGAGGGCUUCAAGAGGGAUUUAAGGAAACAGGCAGGGAUAAUGAAAGCGAGGGUUUAGAGUAGGGCUGGGGAUAAUACUUUAGGUGAUUUUUGAGGAAGAUGAGUGCUAGGAGAGCUAUUUUGGUGAGAAUGGUAAGGAGGGGUUGGGGAGAAAAAGAGUGUAGGGAGAGGGUUGGGAGGAUUCUGAGGGGGUUUUGGAGGUGUUUGGAGGGGAAGGGGGUUGGAGAAUGAAAGGGUUGGAAAUUUUAUGAGUAAUGAGGAUGUAAAAAAUUCAUUGAAAAGGUGACUAUUGCUCUAUUGUUAUUACUGAAUUAUUAUUUCUUUUGUCAAUUAUUUUUUCAUAAAUUUUUAAAUGUCUAUUAAGUACUCUAUACACAUCACAGAAUUUCAUAUAAACUAGACAAAUAAAACACAUCUUAUUUCAAUAAUCUCAAAUUUUCAAAAAUAUCAAUAAACCGAUUAAUAACAGCACAAAAACUCUCUGUCUCUACACUCAUACAUUCAUACUCAUAAAAUACCCUAUUUAAUACAAUCAUCGCCUAUUUCCCAAAAUACCCUCAUACUAAUUCAAAAGUCCAUCACCUCAUCUCCAAACCUCCGUCCCUACCCCACCCUCCACAUCCCAUCGACCCCCCUAAGCCCCCUCGUCCUAUCCAAUCCCCCCAAACCUCCAGCAUCCCCUUCCCCCUCCUCCCCCUCAAUUCCCAACCUCCCAUUCCCUUAAAACCCUCUUCUUCCCUAAAAUCCCGAACAAAUUCAAAAUCUCUUCCUGAAUUCCCCCUCUCAUCCCAUUUUUCGCCAAGUAAAAAACCUAAAAUGUGGUAUAAUA